UUAAGUAAAAUGAAACAUCUCGUCGUGCUUUGCUUAUUCUCACUAUUUGCCAAAGAUGCACAAACAUUGCUGUUAAGUCAAAUGGAUUGGAAGAAUCUGCGCAACAGUGGAGCCCUGGACCUAAAUGUCUUGCGUUGCUUUUUGCGCGAUAAGAAUUUCUGUCCCAGUCCGCAUAUCGAUCACCGGCUGUAUGCUCCCAAUGGGCCACGCCGAGGAAUCGCGUUAAACGUGAAAAACCCAAUGAGCCUAUAUAAAGGUGGUUUCAGCAAACACCGCGAAACAGUUUUCAUAAUUCAUGGGUUUAAUGGAACCGCCAUCGAUAUUCACCUACAAUUUCUUAGAGAUGCGUACUUAUCCCGCGAUUUUAACGUCAUCACUGUGGACUGGAGACCUCUGACCCGCUAUCCGUGCUACUUACACUCGCUGAUCAACACCAGGCUCACGGCUCAGUGCACCGCUCAGAUCUACGCCUUCCUGACCCACUACGGAGCAGUUCGGGAAAGGAUCACCUGCGUGGGCCACUCGCUGGGCGCCCACAUUUGCGGCAUGAUCAGCAAUCAUCUGACGAGAAAACAGUACCGCAUCAUAGGAUUGGAUCCUGCUCGGCCGUUAAUAGAGCGCAAGAAGAGCAACACCUUCCGGUUGUCAAUAGACGAUGCCAAUGUCAUCCAGGUGAUUCAUACUAAUGCAGGAUUCCUGGGGCAGGAGGAUAAUACCGGACACCUCAACUAUUGCGUCAACGGAGGACGCAUCCAGCCUUUUUGCAAGGGAAAUCCAAUCAGAAGAUCCCGCUGCUCGCAUUUCUUGAGCAUCUGUUACUUGGCCACGGCCACUUUCAAGCACAAGAAGUUUAUGGGGGUUCCAUGUCCCAAUGGCUGCCUGAAUCUCAGUGGUUCAAAGAGGCUGCCCGUCAGUGGAAAAAUAAAUCCCUUUGAGUUCAACUCGCUGCUGAGGGAGUAUCACAUAGGCAACGACGCUCCCGAUGACGCCCGAGGCUGCAUUUGCAUAGAUGUGCCGUAUGCCAAGCACUGCCCCUUCACAGAUGCGUAGGAGCUGGUCUUCAAUAGGUUGUAAUUCUAUAAUAGAGAUGUUGAUAAUAAAUUUCAGAAAAAAUAUUAUUU